AUGGAGAGCUUCCAUGACUAUAGGAUGGUGAACAACUGUUCUAUUGUAGAGCAAGUGCAUGAGGUGCAGUGCAUUGUGAAGGACCUUGAGCAGCUCAAGUGUGAGUUACCCGACAAGUUUGUGGCUAGAUACAUGAUUGCAAAAUUGCCUUCCACGUGGAGCAAUUUCUCCACAACUCUGAAACAUAGGAGGAAGGAGAUAUCAGUUGAAAACCUGAUAGCGUCUCUUGAUGUUGAGGAGAAGGCUCGGAUGAAAGAUGUCACUGAUAAAAGAGAUCGAGGUCAAUCUAGCGCCAACAUGGUGCAGAAGUUCCCACGCAACAAGAAUAAAGGGGAAAAUAAGGUCGUCAAGACUACUACCUUCAAGAAGAAAAAGAUGAACAAAUAUAUGGAUAACACUUCUGGAUUUUCCUCUAAGAUAAUUCCUGAACCAAUUGCAUCUAUUGAGUCUUCUGAACAAUUUGAUAAGCAUGAGGAGCUCAUUGAGAAGUAUGACAAUGCAGAUGAUUGGAAAGAAGCUGUCCAUAAUGAGAUGGAUUUGAUUCUUUCUAAUGGAACCUGGGAGCUCACUGAACGACCCUAUGGCUGCAAACUGGUGGGUUGUAAAUGGGUUUUUAAGAACAAGCUUAGGCCUGAUGAUACUAUUGAGAAGUACAAGGCACGGCUUAUGGCCAAAGGCUUUGUCAUAAAUGAGGUUGAUAGAUGUGUGUACUAUCGCCAUGGUGGGGGCGAAGAAGUUAUAUUAUGCUUGUAUAUGGACGACAUACUACUCUUUGACACCAAUAUUGAUGUGAUCAAUGAGGUUAAGUGUUUUCUAUCAAAGAGUUUUGAUACGAAAGAUCUAGGAGAAGCUGAUGUUAUUCUGAACAUUAAGCUAAUUAAGGAUAAGAAUGGGAUUACUCUUUCUCAAUUUCAUUAUGUGGAGAAGAUCUUGAACCACUUUGGCUACAUGGACAGCAAGCUUUCUCCAACUCCUUAUGAUCCUAUUUUGCAAUUUCGAAAGAAUAAGAAAAUUGUGAAAGAUCAACUGAGAUACUCUUAG